CAGCAACAGCCGUUGCGACGGCAGAAGGAUCUCAACAGCAGCCCACCAUCACCACCACUUCUAACACAGCGUCGGCUGCCACUGCGCAGCUCGUCCAUGCGCUUGUCGUACGAUGUACAGCACUGCUGCUGGGGCGGCGGCUGUCAUUGCGGGGGCUAGCCGGCAUGGGGUGGGCAGUCGGAGUGAUGUUGAAGUGUACCGCACACUCAGCCGACCUCAUUGCCGUACGGCUGUGGUAUGACACCUGGUCUCGUUGUUUGUCGCACUACGAUGUGGCAGCUGCUCCGGUUUCGGAGCUGUGUGACGUACUGUCGGCCUGGGCGGAGCUGCAGCGAAGCAGUGCCGGCAGCGGCAGCAGCGAGGGUGUUGGCAGUGGCAGUGCUGCCGGAGGUGACGGCAGUAGCAGUAGCUGCUACGGUUUGGGGAGUGGGAGUGAAAGCGCAUCUGCUGUGGGAGGGUUGGCGGUGGAGGUGGAUAGACGCACUCGAACCCGGGUGCUGGCGCGUCUCGCCCCUGUCCUCCCCUCGCUGCCCGCUCCCCGCCUCUCCGCCCUCUCCCACCACCUGGCCACCCUCCGCUGGCCCCUCCCGCCCGCCUGGGUGCAAUGGCUGGAGGAGUGCAGAAGUACGGCAGCGGCCGGCCAACGCGCUCGUGCGGCAGCAGGGUGUGAUGCAGGAGGGGGGCGCGGUACGGCAGCAGGUGAUGGUGCAGGGCUCCGCCGUACGGCAGAAGAUGCUUAACGUUGUCUUAUCGGAGGAGCAGGAAGGCAGGGCAGAACACUGUACGGUUGCUAAGUAGAUGUGCAGGGCAGUAAUAUACAUUUAAUGAUAGUAGCAGCUGUAGGCUGGAGGUUUGGUGCAGUAGCAGUGGCGUCCGUACAAGCGGAUAUAGGUGAUAUCCAGAGAGGAAGUAAGUAUCAGGUUCAGGACCAAUCGGGGAUCCUGGUUCUAACCCUAGAUAGACUCACAUAGACGCUUGAAUUGUAGUCGCCAGCAGUGUCGUACCUUGUGCCCAGGAGUUAAGUUGCAGGAACCUGCGCGUCACCCUGUAAUGUGUCCAGGGGGCAAUGGAAGAGGUCGUGGGCUUGCAGCGCGAUAGAACCCCCUGGACAGUUGUGAACUGUGCAUACAACGGGUUGGCUCGCUGGGUGUCUGGUGUAGUUGGUGUUGGGGGAAGCUCCUUAUCACGUAGGCUUCCAUAUUACGCUGGAGGCACAUGGCAAGAAGCCCUGAGCUCAGUUUAGGGUACGGAGAGGGAAGACUGGUUGCGGGUCCGUUCAAAAAGGGCCUUGUGUGCGGUGUUCUGUGGUGUGCUAGGGCUACAGCAGAGAAAGGGGAUGAGGAGAGGGGAUCGCAGUAGGGAUGGCAUCCAUGCGAACGGAGGGGCCGGACCGACUUGGGAUCAGGGUGUGUACGGCAAACACUAUUUUGGCAGCAUCAACACAUGAGAAGAGUUACAAGGUGCAUGUCCAAUACAGGCGAUCAUAGGUCAGUAUUUAGGGCGAGACUGAUAGUUAGA